AUGGACAUUAAAGUACAGGAUCUUGAAACGCUCUCUCGGUUAGGUGAAGGUGCGGCUGGUACCGUGCGUAAAGUGUUACAUAAGCCUACACAGAUUAUCAUGGCAAAAAAGUCUAUCUCAACAGAACCAGAUCCUGCAGUUCAACGUCAGAUAUUACGUGAAUUGGCCUUUUUGAAGACAUGCGAUUCACCUUAUAUUGUCUCAUUUUAUGGCGUCUUUCUCGAUGACGGAGAUACAACUGUGUCUCUAUGUAUGGAGUACUGUGAAGCAGGAAGUUUAGAAGAUAUUUAUAAAAGAGCGAGAGACUUGGGUGGAGUCAUUGGUGAACCUGUUCUUGAGCGUAUAGCAGAAUCAGUAUGUAAAGGAUUAGUCUACUUACACUCGAAAAGGGUCAUUCAUAGAGAUAUCAAACCAUCCAAUAUCGUUGUCACUCGAAAGGGUGAGAUCAAACUUUGUGAUUUUGGUGUCUCUGGAGAAUUAAUUAAUUCACUCGCACAGACAUUUACAGGCACACAAUACUACAUGGCACCUGAACGUAUUCAAGGAAAUGCUUAUGCAGUACAAUCCGACAUUUGGUCACUUGGCUUAACAUUGAUCGAAGUUUCCCAAAACAGACCUGCGUUACCCCCUCCAGAUCAACCUCACCUGUCGAUCUUUGAGUUACUAGACUUUAUCGUUCGUCAACCUGUGCCUGAGAUCACAGGAAGCCAUAUCUCUGAUGAAUGCAAAAAUUUUGUUGCUGUUUGCUUAACAAAGGAUCCAAAUUACAGACCAACACCAGCUCGUAUGUUACAGCAUCCAUUCAUUUUGAAAUGGGAACAUGUUCAUAUGGAUUUAGGUCAAUGGGUAAAGGAAGUUUGGGGAUGGCCCUAA